CCGGGGAGGAGGCGGCCGCGGCGCGUGCGUGCGACACUGGAACCAGGGGCCGGGGCCGGAGCCGGGGGCGGCCGGGGGGGCCGCUCGGUGCCUGCGGAGCCAGCCAGCGCCCGGGCCCCGGCGGCGGCGCGAUGAACAAGCUGCGGCAGAGCCUGCGGCGGAAGAAGCCGGCCUACGUGCCCGAGGCCAGCCGGCCCCACCAGUGGCAGGCGGACGAGGAGGCCGUGCGCCGGGGCAAGUGCAGCUUCCCCGUGCGGUACCUGGGCCACGUGGAGGUGGAGGAGUCGCGGGGGAUGCACGUGUGCGAAGAGGCCGUGAAGAAGCUGAAAACAAGCGGGCGCAAGUCGGUGAAGUCGGUUCUGUGGGUGUCGGCCGAUGGGCUGCGGGUCGUGGACGAGAAAACAAAGGAUCUCAUCGUGGACCAGACCAUUGAGAAGGUUUCGUUCUGCGCCCCCGACCGCAACUUCGACAAGGCCUUUUCCUACAUCUGCCGCGACGGCACCACCCGCCGCUGGAUCUGCCACUGCUUCCUGGCCCUCAAGGACUCGGGCGAGCGCCUGAGCCACGCCGUGGGCUGCGCCUUCGCGGCCUGCCUGGAGCGCAAGCAGAAGCGGGAGAAGGAGUGUGGGGUGACGGCCUCCUUCGACGCCAACCGCACCAGCUUCGCCCGCGAGGGCUCCUUCCGCGCCCCGGCUGCCAGCCAGCCCGCCCAGCGCCAGCUCGUGCUGCGCCAGAUCCAGGACAGGAAGAAAGAGGCUGCCCCAGCUGCUGCCCCCACGGCGCCCCCCCCCCCCGCCCACCCGGGCAGCGACACCCCACCACAGGGGGCCACGUCGCCGGCGGAGAAGGGGGAGGGGGGCCCCCCGCACGCCAUCCCGCGCCGCCACGCGCCCCUGGAGCAGCUGGUGCGCCAGGGCUCCUUCCGCGGCUUCCCCGCCCUCAGCCAGAAGAACUCGCCCUUCAAACGCCAGCUCUCGCUGCGGCUCAGCGACCUGCCCUCCACCCUGCAGCGCAAGGGCGACUUCCAGGCCAGGGGCGCCGUGCCAGAGCUGGAAUCGACCCCAACCGGUGACAGCGACGGGAUCAGCGCCCUCUGCAGCCAGAUUGACGCCUCCUUCGCCCACCCGCCCGCCGACCCCUUCAGCCCCACAGCCGCCAACGGCACCGCCUCCCCCCCCGCGGGGCUCCCCCAAGGGCCGGCGGCCUGGGGCGAGCCCGGGGUGGGGGCCCCUUCGCAGGCCCCCUCAUUCCAGCCCGGACACAAGCGGACCCCGUCGGAGGCCGAGCGCUGGCUGGAGGAGGCGGCCCAGACGGCCAAGGCCCAGCAGGUGGCCGUGCCUGCGGCCCUGCCCGCCACGCUGCCCCCCUACCCCGUGAGCUACGACGCCGCGCCCGCCCCCCUGGGCAUGUUCCUGCCGCCCAGCCAGCCGUGGCCUCGUGCAGCGCCCCGUGGUGGGUCCCAGAUGGUGCCAACGUCUGCCCAGCUGCCGCCUCGAAUGGGGGCAAGGCCGGCCCCUUCCCCCCUGCUCUGCUGGGCCCUGCGCUGCCCUCCCCAGGCCCGCCCCAAGCCCGGCAGCGCUGCCCCCUGGGCCCCAGAGUCAGGCCAGCCGGGGGCCCUGGCCCCUCCGCCCCCCACCGCCCGCCCCGGGCCCAAGCCGGACCCCUUUGAGGCGCAGUGGGCGGCGCUGGGGACCAAGCCCCCCGGGGGGGCCGACCCGGGCAACCCCUUCGCCGGAGACCUGCAGAAAACAUUUGAGAUCGAGCUGUGA